ACAGUCAGGAGAGAAGGUUGAAUUAUUUACAGAUCGCGCACUAACAACAGCAGGCAGCUCAGCAAACGAGCCCAGUUGUAGUGGGAGUGGUUAAGAGAUUAAAGCUCAUGGCGCCGUUCUUGUAGAGGUGGUACGUCUGCUGCUCGUUGUGGAAUCAGACGGACGUUUGUGCUUAAGCUGUACAGAAUGAUUUCUUCUGAGAAGUUUGAGUUUGCAAUUGACCGUGGGGGCACAUUCACAGAUGUCUUUGCACGUUGUCCUGGUGGAAAGAUUCAAGUUCUGAAAUUGCUUUCAGAAGACCCUGCCAACUAUCAGGAUGCCCCCACUGAAGGUAUACGCCGUGUGCUGGAGAAGGAAAGUGGGCAGGUGUUGCCCCGUGACCAGCCUCUAGACACCUGUCAGAUUAACUGGAUUCGAAUGGGCACCACUGUUGCCACUAAUGCCCUCUUAGAGAGGAAAGGGGAGAGGAUGGCCCUGGUCAUUACUAAAGGUUUUAAAGAUCUUCUGCACAUUGGUAACCAGGCUCGUCCCCGGAUCUUCGAUUUGGAGAUUGUAAUGCCAGAUGUCCUGUACGAGGAAGUCAUUGAGGUAGAAGAGAGGGUGAUUUUGGAACAGGAUACAUGCAGUUUGCCACAUAUGGAGGCCCUUCCAACAGUUACAGGAUCAACAGGAGAACGCCUUAAAGUGUGGUGGCCAUUGGAGCUUCAGAAUUUGGAAAAGAGCUUGAGACAAGUGUUGAAAAAAGGAAUCUGUAGUCUGGCUGUGGUGCUGAUGCACUCCUAUACAUGGUCAGCCCAUGAAGUGCAAGUUGGUGAGCUGGCACGAAAAAUUGGAUUCAAGCAUGUCUCGCUUUCUUCCCAAGUGAUGCCUAUGCUGCGCAUUGUGCCACGUGGAUACACAGCUUGUGCUGAUGCCUACCUAACCCCCAAGAUUCAGGAGUAUCUGCAUAGUUUCCAAAAGGGCUUCAAACAAGGCCUUGAGGGAGUGCAGGUUCUUUUCAUGCAGUCAGAUGGUGGCCUCACACCUAUGAAAAAGUUCAUUGGAUCCCGUGCCACACUUUCUGGGCCUGCAGGAGGUGUUGUUGGCUAUGCAAUGACAUCUUAUAACCAGCAGACCAAACUGCCUGUCAUUGGAUUUGAUAUGGGAGGAACGUCAACAGAUGUAAGCCGAUAUUCUGGUCAGUAUGAGCACGUGUUUGAGGCCACUACUGCAGGAAUUACAUUACAAGCUCCGCAACUUGACAUUAACACAGUGGCCGCAGGUGGGGGGUCCCGACUCUUCUUUAGGUCUGGUAUGUUUGUAGUGGGACCAGAAUCUGCAGGAGCACAUCCAGGACCAGCAUGUUACAGAAAAGGGGGUCCCCUUACAGUGACGGAUGCUAACCUUGCUCUAGGACGGCUUUUGCCUGAUUUCUUUCCUUGUAUCUUUGGACCUGCUGAGGAUCAGCCACUUUCAUAUGAAGAUACUCAGAGUGAGUUUCAUCUUCUAACUGCCACCGUUAACAGUUUUCUCUCUGCGCAGUCUGGCCAACGGCAGAUGACUGUUGAAGAAGUGGCCAUGGGCUUUAUCAGAGUGGCAAAUGAAGCAAUGUGCCGACCAAUCAGGGCACUGACACAGGCUAAGGGUCAUGACACUUCCCGUCAUAUCUUGGCAUGCUUUGGAGGAGCAGGAGGGCAGCAUGCAUGUGCCAUUGCAAGGUCUCUUGGCAUGAAGAUGGUCUUUAUUCAUAAGUAUGCUGGUAUCUUGUCUGCAUAUGGAAUGGCACUGGCAGAUGUUGUCCAUGAAGCACAGGAGCCUUCCUCAUUGGAAUAUACAUACAAGUCAUUCUCCAAGUUGGACAAACGUAUUGAAGAGUUGGAAUGUCAGUGUGUGGGAGAGCUGCAAGCUCAGGGGUUCACUAGGUCUCAGAUCAGUACAGAAAUCUUCUUACAUCUUCGCUAUGACCGAACUGACUGUUCUCUUAUGUGUUCUGCUAAUGGAUAUCCUAGCAAUGAGAAGUCUUGUCAUGCUGGUGAUUUCCGAGCUUCCUUUACUGACAGGUACCUUAGGGAGUUCGGUUUUACUAUACCUGAACGACGCAUCAUGGUGGAUGAUAUACGUGUAAGGGGCAUUGGUAGGACAGGCAUUGCUGAUGAGAAACGUAUUAGCAGAAGUAUGAAUCAGCCACAAGUUAAAAAGGUGACACGGUGCUAUUUUGACAAUGGUUACGAGGAUACUAAGGUUUUCCUUCUUGAAGAACUAUCCUGUGGGCACAUCAUUUUGGGUCCAGCAAUCAUCAUUGAUAAGAACAGUACAAUUUUAAUCGAACCUGACUGCGAAGGAAAAAUUACAGAGCAAGGAGAUAUACAAAUUAGCAUCGGGACUGGUAAAAUUCAACAAGUUGGCACAGAGCUUGAUGCCAUUCAGUUGUCCAUUUUUUCACAUCGAUUUAUGAGCAUUGCAGAACAGAUGGGUAGAAUUCUACAGAGGACUGCAAUCUCCACCAAUAUUAAGGAGCGUCUGGAUUUUUCAUGUGCUCUUUUUGGGCCUGACGGAGGCCUGGUGUCUAAUGCACCCCACAUCCCAGUCCAUUUGGGUGCCAUGCAGGAGACUAUUCAGUUUCAGAUUAAAGAGCUUGGCGAUAGUCUAUGUCCAGGAGAUGUUAUUCUAAGUAACCACCCCUGUGCUGGUGGAAGCCACUUGCCAGACCUAACAGUUAUUACACCUGUGUUUCAUCCCAAUGUAUUAAGACCAGUGUUCUUUGUUGCCAGUCGAGGACAUCAUGCAGAUAUUGGUGGCAUUACUCCUGGCUCCAUGCCCCCUCAUUCAAAAUCACUGCAGGAAGAGGGGGCUGUUUUUAUAUCCUUCAAACUGGUAUGCAAUGGUGUGUUUCAAGAGGAAGCACUCACAGAAGCUCUUAUGGCCCCAGGAAAAUUCCAAGGAUGUUCAGGAUCAAGAAAUCUCCAUGACAACCUUUCUGAUCUUCGGGCACAGGUAGCAGCAAAUCAGAAGGGCAUCCAGCUGGUGGGUGAGCUAAUUGACUGCUAUGGACUAGAGGUGGUGCAGGCAUACAUGGGACAUAUCCAGGCUAACGCUGAACUAGCUGUCAGGGAGAUGCUUAGAGAAUUUGCUUACUGCCACAGAGAAAGUACUGGUUCUCUCGAGGUACAGGCUGAAGAUUACAUGGAUGAUGGCAGUCCAAUCAGGCUGAGAGUAGAAAUCGAUGAGAUUCAGGGAAGUGCACUGUUUGAUUUCUCCGGGACUGGUUAUGAAGUAUUUGGGAACUGCAAUGCUCCCCGUGCCAUUACUUUGUCCGCCCUUAUCUAUUGUCUGCGGUGCAUGGUUGGCCAAGACAUCCCACUCAACCAGGGUUGCCUGACUCCAAUUAAAGUCAUAAUUCCACCAGGAUCAAUACUACAGCCUUCCCAGAAUGCUGCUGUGGUGGGUGGGAAUGUGUUAACAUCACAGAGAGUGGUCGAUGUAAUUUUUAAAGCUUUUGAAGUUUGUGCUGCAUCUCAGGGCUGCAUGAACAACAUAACAUUUGGAAACAUGCAGGUUGGAUAUUAUGAGACAGUGGCUGGAGGUGCAGGGGCCGGGCCAGGUUGGCAUGGCCGCAGUGGGGUUCAUAGUCACAUGACUAACACACGUAUUACUGAUCCAGAAAUCCUUGAAAAGAGGUACCCAGUAGUCCUGCAGAGAUUCUCACUUCGCCCUGAAUCUGGAGGGCUAGGCUGUUACUGUGGAGGUGAUGGGGUGAUUAGAGAGCUGCUCUUUCGAGAAGAGGUUGUGCUGUCAGUGCUAACCGAGCGUAGGACUCUCCAGCCCUAUGGAAUUAAAGGAGGCCAGCCAGGCUCAUCAGGUCUAAAUCUUCUUCACCGUGCAGAUGGAAGAACCUUAAACCUUGGUGCUAAAACAUCAGUGAAAAUUGACCCUGGGGACCGAUUCUGUCUGCAGACCCCUGGAGGAGGAGGGUAUGGUGAUCAUAACCAGCCACAUGAUUCACUGGACAGACACCUCUCAAACAAAAGGAAGGCUAGUACUUGCUUUGUUGAGCGAGGUAGCAUCUUUGAAUACCAAAAGGCUCAAGAGGCUGUUUGAAAGGUGACCAGUGAGAAGGACUUCAUGAAUUAGAGGGUCUCUUUAACCUACUUAAUUAAAAAAAAAGUAGGAAAUAACUGUAGCAAAAGUACACACCAGUAACUGGAUUUUAUAUAACAUUGAUGUCUCUUACAUUCAAUUCAUUCCUGGUAACAGUGGGGUAAACAUAACAUUUAAAGGUAGAGGUCUUAGGAGUUCCAAGUACUGUCUGCUUUGCUGCUUAAUGAAUUGCCCGUAGAUAAAAUAAUUUUCAUGUUCAGUUCCCAGUCCAUUCAGCAACACCAUUGCAAGUGCAAAUGAAGCUCACAAUACUUGUUUAAAUGCUAAUUAAUUGAGCCUGCAUGACUACAAUUAAGAAAGUAUGAAGGUUAGAUAGAGAUACUUGAGUCACACAUCUGGCCUAUCCUGUUAGAGUUUAACUCUCCUGGGCACCUGGUUUUAAAAGUAGUACUAGCAGCAAAAUGCAGGUCAGUUUACAGGCAAAAAUUGUAUUCAUUAAUUCAUUUCAAUUUGUACAGCUUAACAUACAUAGAAAAAUGUGUGGGUACCCCUCCAUGAAAAAAGAAGAGCCCACAAUUGUCGCUGCAAGGACUGGAAACUAACAAUGGUGCAAUCGGACACUGAUGGACCUUGACCCUGGUGUUUAGUUUGUAUCUCUUUGGAAGUUCUCCUUGGAUUUUUGUCUACCAUUCUCACUAUCCUCCUGCCCAUUCCAGGGUUGAUUUUCCUCUUGCGGCUGCAUCCAGAGAUAUUGGCAACAAUCCCAUGGACUUUAAACUUCUUAGUGAUAUUUGCAGCUCUUGUCACAGGAACGUGAAGCUGCUUGGAGAUUAUCUUAUAGCCUUUGCCUUUAACAUGUUUGUACUUUUUUCUUCUUGUUUUCCUCAGACAACUCUCUCCUUUGCUUUCUCUGAUCUAUGUUAAAUGUGGGACACAAGAUGGUACCAAACAGCAGUGUGACUACCUUUUUCCAUUGAAAUUGGCUGAAGGACUGAUUGCAUGAUUAGAGACGUGUGAUACAAAUUAAAGAAAACAUCUAGUUUGAAAAAUCACUGUAAUCCAAUUAUUUAUGAUCUUAUCUAGGAGUACCAACAAAUGUGUCCAGGCCAUUUUAGAAUAUUAUUUUAGAAUAAGCAAUACUUGAUCUCGUUACACUUCCUUUACUCUACUCGAUGAAGUAGCAAAGGUAUGCAGGUGUACAUCACUUUUUCAAUGAGCUGUAAGGAUACCAAGAACUGAAACACUUAUUUAUUGUAUGAUGUUAUAUGGUUCUUAACCUCUGGACAGGAAUUUAUACAUUUUUAGCUCUGUGAUGCUGAAAAUGUUUUACAUGGAGGAUCACUCACUUUGGCAUAGUUAAAGAUAUCUCAGACCACCUACAGCCUGUCACUCUUUGAUAUUGAUGUAAAUGUAUCAUUCCAAGAAGUAGCAGAUUUUGGACACUGAUCUCUUUUGGCCAGUGAUCCAGCUAUAACCCCUCAGCCCUGAGACAGUGUAACAGAAUUUAUGUUGCAAAAGUAGUGCAAGUGCCAAACAGCAUGAAAUUAAGCUAUUACCUU